AUGACAGUAGCAUCCUUUUCUGUCAUGAUGGAUAAUGUGCAGGGUCAAGAAAGAGCCUUGGCCGAUCCGGCACUCGAUCCGCAAUGGCUGCCAGGCGCACCUGUUCCACUUACAGGCCACACAGAGCGGUUUCGUGGCGACCCCGAGGCAUCACGCGAGCUGCGCGGGCACUUCCGCAUGCUGGACGAGCUUGCACGCGAAAUGCCAACUACUCACCGGCCCGGGUCUUGGGCUUUCUGCAUCGUCCGCCUCACCUAUGCCGCCGACGCCCAGUUCGAGCGCAGCCUCGCCCGGGUCGACGCCGCACUGGCUGACUAUGCCCAUUACGAAGCCGAGAUGACCGGAUUUAAAAAAGCUCGGCUGGGAGCUCGACUUGGAAUAACGAUACCAGACCACACCGACCCGCGGCGGCCGGCCCGGGGAUUCCUUGCGCAGCGGGGUACCAGAACGACAUCUUGCAGGACAAAGCGAAUCUCAAAUAACGCCACUGGUGAACCCGCCUGCGCGUUCUUUGAUCACUAG